AUGCGGCCCUCCACCCCGCUAUCCGCGGACCUGCCCCCGCUGAUCAUGGGCACCGCAACAUUCAACUCGCAAUACAACGCAGACCCCUUCGCUCUGCCAACAACCGAACUUGUCCACCGUGCCCUCUCCCGCGGCAUCCGCGCCUUCGAUACGUCCCCCUACUACGGCCCCGCCGAAGAACUCCUCGGGCGCGCCCUAGCCACCGACUUCGUGCAAACCAAUUUCCCCCGCGACUCCUACAGACUCCUGACGAAAGUCGGUCGCAUCGCAGGCGCUUCGUUCGAUUACUCGCCCACCUGGAUUAGUCACAGUGUCCGCCGCAGUCUCCGCCGUCUACACACCAGUUAUCUCGAUGUCGUAUACUGCCACGACGUGGAAUUCGUUUCGCCAGAGGAAGUCCUGAUCGCCGUGCAGGAACUGCGCCGUCUUCGCGAUGAAGAGGGUAUCCUGCGGUACGUCGGGAUCUCGGGCUACCCAGUCGACGUGCUCAGCUCUCUGGCGGAAAUGAUCCUCCGCGAGACGGGCGAACCAUUGGACAUCGUCAUGUCCUACGCCAACUACACAUUGCAGAAUACCCGUCUGCGCACGCUGGCUCUACCGCGUCUCCUCGCCGCAGGCGUAGACGUCGUCCCCAACGCCUCCCCACUCGGAAUGGGCCUUCUCCGUCGGGACGGAGUACCCAUCGGCUCAAUGGGCGACUUCCACCCCGCACCCAACGAACUGCGCACCGCCAUCCACGCCGCGGCCGAAUGCACCGCGCAAAACGGCGAGAAACUCGAAGUCGUCGCGAUCCGCUUUGCACUGGAAUCAUGGCUACGCGCGGGCUCGAAGGCAGGCGCCCUCGGCGCACCGCUUGCUCGGUCCGCGGACGCAGAUCCGGGCUUUUUGUCCGUAGCUUAUCUCGGGGUUGGUCGGAGACUUGGCGUGAGUGUGAUGGGAGUUAGUAAUAUCGCCGAGCUAGACGAGACGUUGCGCGUGUGGCACAGUAUCCUGGAUGGACUGGAGAGCUGGGACGAUGAUGAUGAUGCGUUUGACUUCAACGUCGAUGACGAAGAUACCAUGCGGUCAGCUGGUAUCUCCACGCCGACUGAAAAGACCGACGGCACUGUUGCCUCGUCCGCGACGCAUGCGCCUAACAUUCUCACACCCUCUGAAGGCCUCAUCACAGAUCGCGCAUGGUCUCAAACACGCCGCGCGAAAAUCCUACAGCUCUCCAAGGAAGUCCGCAACGUGCUCGGUGCCGAGUGGGUGGAUUAUGUGUGGGCGAGUCCGCCGGAAGACUUUAAGAAUACCCUCCCGGAUGAACAUGUCACCGCUUUGAGGAUCCUCGAGGAUGAAGAGGCAGCGGGCAACAUGGCGCUGGCUUCUCCUGCGGAGUCGAUUCAAGAUGAGGCUAUGUUGACGCCGCCGCUGGAAGCGGAAGCACGGUUGGAGUAG